GAGACGGAAGACCCCGAGCUGGAAGCCCAGCUUGCUAUGAUUUCUGAGUGCAAUGCGGUCGACAAGGGAGCAGAAGAAGACUUGGAGCUAAACAUGAAGCCGGAGCAGGAGCAAAACCAGGACCACAAUGAGGCAAACCCUGACAAGGAGGAUGAGGUUAUGGAAUUGGAGAUUGCAAAUCCAGGUGAGAGUGAAGAUGAAGAGAUUGAGUAUGACUUUUCCACGGGGGUGAACUUUGUUUGCGAUGGCCCCUCUGGUGUUUCAUCGUCCGAUCCGUCACCUCCAAUUGCCGUGGCCCCUCCCUCUGCAUCGUUCAAGGACAUGCCUGCCUUCGUCUUUCUGGAGAAGCUGAAUCUGACAGAAUUGCCCCACGUGAAUGGUGCGGGCAUCGGGGUUCAUGUGACAAUCCAGGCAUGGCAGGUCAGAUAUCCACCAAGUGGCUCCCAGAAAGCUUCUUGUGCGCGCUCGUGGGGCAACCUUUCCAAAAAGGGAUUUGUCUCGCAGUGCAAGGCGCUUCUUGAAUGCUUGUUGUGGGCUUGGGAGAGGCACUUGGCAGAGAACCCUUCCUGCAGUGUCUCCCAGACCAAGGUGGGUAUGCUCAAGGGAGCAUUGAUUGCAGACCUUGGGCGUCACCUUGAGAAGUGA